GACGGCGGGAGCCCGUGCGGUCUCCACGGACAGACUCCCGCACCAAGGGCGCCCCGCCACCUUCCUCCGCUGUCCCCGAAGAUGUCCGGAGCUAUCUUCGCUCCUCUGGAGGGCCCGAGCGCGCUGGACGCGGCAAGCGGCCACCCGCUUGUGUGCCCGCUGUGCCACGCACAGUACGAGCGCCCGUGCCUGCUGGACUGCUUCCACCACUUCUGCGCCGGCUGCCUGCGCGGCCGCGCCGCCGAUGGCCACCUCUCCUGCCCGCUGUGCCAAUACCAGACGGCGGUGAAGGGCCCCAGCGGGCUCCCUCCAGUGGAUCGGCUGCUGCAGUUCCUGGUGGACAGCUCAGGGGAUGGCCUGGAGGUGGUGCGCUGUGCCAACUGUGACCUGGAGUGCGGCAAGCAGGACGCGGAGACCACGUACUUCUGCAACACCUGCGGGCAGCCGCUGUGCGCGCGCUGCCGCGACGAGACGCACCGGGCACGCAUGUUCGCGCGCCACGACAUCGUGAGCCGGGCCCACUGCGUGGAUCUCGAGUCGGCGUAUGUGCAGGGCUGCGAGCGGCUGCAGCAGGCGGUGCUGGCGGUGAAGGCCCUGCAGACCGCCACGCGGGAGGCCAUCGCGCUGCUGCAGGCGAUGGUGGAGGAGGUGCGACGCAGCGCAGCCGAUGAGGAGGCCGCCAUCCACGCCCUCUUCGGCAGUAUGCAGGACAAACUGGCAGAGAGGAAAGCGCUGCUGCUUCAAGCUGUACAGAGCCAGUAUGAAGAAAAGGACAAGGCCUUCAAGGAGCAGCUCUCCCAUUUGGCCACUCUGCUGCCCACCCUGCAGGUUCACCUGGUCAUCUGCUCUUCCUUCCUCAGUUUGGCCAACAAGGCUGAGUUCCUGGACCUGGGCUAUGAGCUGAUGGAGAGACUGCAGGGCAUCGUCACACGGCCACAUCGCCUGAGGCCAGCACAGAGCAGCAAGGUGCACAGGCGGCGCCGCUGGGGUGGCACCAGCAUGCUAGCAGGGGGCUCGGGCCCCAAGGUAAUGCUGGGGCCCAGCUGUCCUUCCCCAGUGGGAAAGAUGUUGGGGUCACCGGUCCAAAAGCCCACGCUGCACCGGUCCAUCAGUACCAAGGUGCUGCUGGCAGAGGGUGACGAUUCACCCUUCAUGGAGCACUGCCGCCACUAUGAGGACUCCUACCGGAGCCUGCAGAUGGAGAUGCAGAACCUGAAGGACCAGGUCCAGGAGUUGCACCGGGACCUCACCAAGCACCACUCGCUCAUCAAGGCCGAGAUCAUGGGCGACAUUCUGCACAAGUCCUUGCAGGUGGACGCCCAGAUCACUGCGGAGUACGCGUCCGUGGAGGGGAUGAGAGUCGUCUUCCAGGAGAUUUGGGAGGAAUCCUACCAGCGGGCGGCUAAUGAGCAGGAGAUUUAUGAAGCCCAGCUCCGUGACCUUCUCCAGCUGAAACAGGAGAAUGCCUACCUGACCACCAUCACCAAGCAGAUCACACCCUACGUCCACUCCAUUGCCAAGGUGAAGGAGCGGCUGGAGCCCAGGUUUCAGGCACCCGUGGAUGAACAGUCGGACCACCUCCAAAACACGUAUGACGACGGCGUGAAUGGCGAGGCCCAGGCCAGGAAUGAUCCAGUAAGUGUCUUGGAAAAGAGAGAGAAGACCUCAGAGCCUAAAGGGAACAGCCGGGCUCUGAGCAGCCUCACAGAUGAGCCUUCACUGAAAAACAAAGAUUCUCAUAGACCCAAACCAAAAAAUGGGGGUGACAUCCCCACGCGGAGAGAGCGCCCAGCCUAGCAACUGGGACUGGUCCCUGGUGGUCGGGCUUUUUACAAAGGCUGGGAAAUUGAAGGCAAGGUGGUUCCCAUCAUUUUUUUCAAAGGUGUACUUAUGUAUCAGCAGUAAACCCCAGAAACUUUGCCAGGUCCUAAUUUCAGAUUCUUUGGCUUAGUCUAGACUUCAAGUUGCUCAAAGUCGUGGUCCUCAUGAUGGUUACUUGGGACAGUGUCCCUCCCAGUCCAUCUGGAAAAUGUUAAAUGUGUGAACACCCAGCCUCAGGCCCCUCGUUCACUCUGCAUCUCCCUGGCGUCUGCGGGCUGGGCCCCUCAAGCUUCCGUUGGGGUGCACCUGUCUGAAAUUUAGACAAGGAGACUGUCCCACUGUGCAGCAGCUGCCCUGCCUCAGAGGAAUCCAGUUCCUCCAAAAUCACAGCCCCGCUGUUAACCGGGAGCUGCUGGAAAGUUCCACCCAGUAAUCUGAGCACUGACUCAGCAAAAGGGAGAAACCUUCACUCCAGCUGAGCUCAUGAAGCAAAGCAAUAGCACCUGGCGGCCUGCAGCCUGCGGCCUGCGGCCUGCGUGGCAGGAGGCAGCCACCAUCAUGGCUUCCCUGCUACCUAUUCCGACCCCGAUCGCUCUCCUGCUGUUCGCCCUUUAUUGCUAUUAAAGCACAAUUCACCAGCAA